AUGAUGUAUCAAUAAUGAUAGACAUUUUUAGUCAAAUGCCAGAAUCAUAAAUGGGUUCAUUGAGAAUGAGACCUUCCCAAUUAAGAAUAGAAAUGACAGAUGAUCAAUAGCUUUCCACAAGACGGAGGAAUUUCAUGUCUCCUACUGCUUUACCAUUAUUCAGAGAAUUGUAUAAAUAAGUUUCAUAUAUUUCAGAUAAUAACAAACGACUAGACAACAUCAUUAAUAAGGAAUGGCUCCUUUAGCUAUGAAAGUACAAUUAUCAAUCUAAUACACUAGCCUAUGUCUAGCCAAUCAUAAAUUACAAAAUCCUUACUGUUUAAUUUAUUUUUAUAAGGUUUCUUUAUCAACUAUUAUGGUUAUCUAUUUUGGUAAUACAGUUUUCGCUACGUUUUACUGUAAUUAUGGAUCUAAGAUUUGCUCACAAUGUUUAUAUUGAUAUAUUAUAAUUAUCGUAAAGGAGAAGAUUGUAUUUGGCAAUUAAUAGAGGCUAUGUUUCUAUUUUUUUUAAAAGUAAUGGAAUCAUUUUAACAAAGGUUUUUGUUGUGUUUUAUUAUGAAAUAUAGAAAUUCAAAAUAUACUUUAUUACAAUUAUGAUGAUUUCAUUAUCUAUAUUGGUGUUGUUUAUGCGAGUAGUUUAAAAAUUGAAAUUUCAAUUAUAGAACAAUCAAUAAAUUGUAAGUAUUACAUUUAUAAUAAGAUUAUUCAAUUUAUAAAAACAUUAUUAUGCGUUUAGAUGACACUAAUUGCAUUGAAAUGGGAGGAUAAAAUUGACUGGGUUUGGUCCUAAAUCUUUAUAAUUUUAUGGGUGUUUUUGGUAGUCCUUGCAUUAUUACUAUUUAUAUCGUUUAUAGGAUGUAUUGAAACCUUCAUUAAUCUCCUAAAAAAAUAAACUAGUCAAAAUUAUUGUAUUCCUUAUAUCUAUUAUAGUAAUAGGAAAUAUUUGGAUAUUUAUUAAUAUCAUAGGUUAUACAUUGUUGCCAUUCUCAUUUUUGUAUAGAUUGACUCAACUAUACGACAAUGGGGAAUCCUUUGGAUAAGAUGAAACUAUCUAACUCAUUGUUCUAAAUGCAAUUUACAUGGCAUUGUUAACCGUGUAUACUAUAUUUUUCGUCAAUAACAUAAANGACAUUAUUUUAAUUAUAUUAAAUUAAUAUUAAGAAAAUUUUGAAAUAGAAUCAAAGACAAAUAGGUUGAGAUUGAAAAGUUUGAUAUAUACUUUGAAGUGA